UAGUUCAGGUUUCUGGUAGCUGUUUUCCUCUCGUUCUGGUGACUCCCGCGUUUUUUCCUGAGGUAGAGAUGGGCUGUGGCCUCGCUGGACGGCUCUGACAGGUCCAGAGUUUGGAAUCAAGUGGCUUUUUUGACAUACCUGAACACAGAACCCCAGGGUACUUGGCGAGGAACCUGGUGCCAGAGGAACUCUACCAUAAAAAUGAGCCCCACCGAUCCACUUGAUGAUGAAGACACAUUCAAAAUCCUGGUUGCCACUGAUAUUCAUCUUGGAUUUAUGGAGAAAGAUGCAGUUAGAGGAAAUGAUACAUUUGUGACAUUUGAUGAAAUUUUAAGACUUGCCCUGGAAAAUGAAGUGGAUUUUAUUUUGUUAGGUGGUGAUCUUUUCCAUGAAAACAAGCCCUCAAGGAAAACCCUGCACAGCUGCUUGGAGCUGCUUAGGAAGUACUGUAUGGGUGACCGCCCUGUGCAAUUUGAGGUCAUCAGUGACCAGUCAGUCAACUUUGGUUUUAGUAAGUUUCCAUGGGUGAACUACCAGGAUGGCAAUCUCAACAUUUCCAUUCCAGUGUUUAGUAUCCACGGCAACCAUGACGAUCCCACAGGGGCAGAUGCCCUCUGUGCCCUGGAUGUUUUAAGCUGUGCUGGGUUUGUGAAUCACUUUGGACGGUCAAUGUCUGUGGAGAAGGUUGACAUUAGUCCAGUUCUGCUGCAGAAAGGAAACACAAAACUCGCUCUGUACGGCUUAGGAUCCAUUCCAGAUGAAAGGCUCUAUCGGAUGUUUGUCAAUAAAAAAGUAACAAUGUUGAGACCAAAGGAAGAUGAGAAUUCAUGGUUUAACUUAUUUGUGAUUCAUCAGAACAGGAGUAAACACGGAAGUACCAACUUCAUCCCAGAGCAGUUUUUGGAUGACUUCAUUGACCUUGUUAUCUGGGGCCAUGAACAUGAGUGUAAAAUUGGCCCAACCAAAAAUGAGCAGCAGCUCUUCUAUGUGUCUCAGCCUGGAAGCUCGGUGGUGACGUCCCUUUCUCCUGGAGAAGCUGUGAAGAAACAUGUAGGCUUGCUGCGCAUUAAAGGGAGAAAGAUGAACAUGCAGAAGCUGCCUCUCCGCACAGUUCGACAGUUCUUUAUGGAAGACGUGGUUCUGGCUAACCACCCAAACCUGUUCAACCCUGACAAUCCAAAGGUGACCCAGGCCAUCCAGAGCUUCUGUUUGGAGAAGAUUGAAGAAAUGCUUGACAAUGCUGAGCGGGAGCGGCUCGGGAAUCCUCAACAGCCAGAGAAGCCUCUUAUCCGACUACGGGUGGACUACAGUGGAGGCUUUGAACCUUUCAAUGUUCUUCGUUUUAGCCAGAAGUUUGUGGAUAGGGUCGCUAACCCAAAAGAUGUCAUCCACUUUUUCAGGCACAGGGAACUAAAGGGAAAAACAGGAGAAGAGAUCAACUUUGGGAUGCUCAUCACAAAACCUGCUUCAGAAGGAACAACGCUUAGAGUAGAAGACCUUGUAAAGCAAUAUUUCCAAACUGCAGAGAAGAAAGUCCAGCUCUCACUGCUGACAGAAAGAGGGAUGGGUGAAGCAGUUCAAGAAUUUGUGGACAAGGAAGAGAAAGAUGCCAUUGAGGAGUUAGUGAAGUACCAGCUGGAGAAAACACAGCGGUUUCUUAAGGAGCGCCAUAUCGAUGCUCUGGAAGACAAGAUUGAUGAGGAGGUCCGACGUUUCAGAGAAAGCAGACAGAGAAAUACCAAUGAAGAAGACGAUGAAGUUCGAGAGGCCAUGAGCAGAGCCCGGGCCCUCAGAUCACAGUCAGAGAACUCCACCUCAGCCUUUAGUGCUGAUGACCUGAGUUUUGAUACAACUGAGCAGACGGCAAACGACUCUGAUGACAGCCAGUCAGCAGUGCCCAGCAGAGGCCGAGGCCGAGGCCGAGGGCGGAGAGGAGGCAGAGGACAGAGCACUGCCCCCAGAGGAGGCUCUCAGAGAGGCCGAGACACUGGGCUGGAAAUCACUACUCGAGGCAGGAGCUCAAAGGCCACCUCAUCAACAUCUAGAAACAUGUCCAUUCUAGAUGCUUUCAGACCUACCCGACAGCAACCUUCCAGAAACAUAGCCACUAAGAAUUACUCAGAGACCAUUGAGGUGGAUGAAUCCGAUGAAGAUGACAUUUUUCCUACUAGUUCCAGGGCUGAUCAAAGGGGGUCAGGCACAGCAUCUAGCAAACAGAUGUCCCAGAGCCAGACAGCCAAAGGGGUGGACUUUGAAUCAGAUGAGGACGAUGAUGACGACCCUUUCAUGAGCAAUAGCUGCCCAAGAAGAAACCGAAGAUAAUGUUUUUAAUGGAACCUAGAAAUUGUCAUGAUGCAGGAAGAAAUCAAAGCACCACAUGCUGACUUUACAGCUGAAGGUGUUUUAACAGUGCCACUGACUAAGGAUUCUGAAAAGUCUGGGUUUAUAUUUUAAAGUAUUGCUUCCUGAACAGUGACUCCCUUAAGCCAUUUUCUAGCCCAAUGAUAAGGAGAUUGCUGCUUCUCCUUAACCUUUAACCUGGUUGUUGUUGUUGUCAUAUGUUCUGCCAUAUUGAGAAUGUUAACUUCCUGACAUAACUGUGUUUCCUGCUUGUAAGAACUUUGCUAAAAUUCCAUUCUUGAAUGAACAUUAGAAAAAAAACCCUCCAUUAUUAAUUCCUGCUUCAUGAUCAGAGACUGUCAGCCUCCUGUGCCACAGCUAGCAGAGUUGAUGGGAAAGCUUACAGACUUGACUGGUACGUGCUGUAAUCCUUUCCUGUAGUGUAUGGAGCAGCCUGAGCUCCCUGAUAGUUACCCAGUGUGUGGACUUCAGAGCUUGCUAGAGGACCAUCUACUAGGACCAGCGGGACCUUAUAUUUCAGUAAUUAGUAUAAGGCUUUUGUUUAGAAUGGUUUGGUUGUUUCGGUUUGGUUUUUAUUCAGUGUAGCAGAUUCAGCUCCUGUUCCCGUUGAGCAGGAGUCAUUUCCUGGGUCACUCUGUCCAGGACAAGUUCUUUCUCAUACACUUGUCAGGGAGAAAAGGUUAAUAGGGCUUUUAUGUUUUCUUAAAAAUAUUGAAAAGCUUUUUUUAGGCAAAGCAGCCAGCUGACCUUGUGGUUAGUUCAAGCUGACAGACAGACUGCAAUACAGCUUCUGCCCGGUGUCCAUGCUAGGGCUCCUCAGCCAGCAACACUGUACCAUGGCUUUGGUUGCUAUAGACAUACCUGACUAUAUGAUCCCCAAAUGGACUGAAACAGCAAGUUUAUAUUUUCUUACAUACUAGGGAGUAAAUAAAAAUGGUAUCCCUUCAGAGUUGAGUUAAAUAAAUGCAUUCCCUCUUCCAGAUUCUAAAAACCUCUGCUGGUCUUUUAAUUUUAUAAGGCAAGUGUGUUCAAACACUCUUUGAGAAAAGCUGGAUCCCUCUAGCACAACAGCAUGAUGUUCUUCACAGAUGUAGACACCAGUGCUUGAGCUAAACAGUGUUCAUGACCAAGUUAAUCCUGUCUGGAACUCGCCAACUUUUUGGAGCCCAGCACCUGAUGUGUCUUGGAAGUGGUCUGAGUAAGAAUUACAAUCCAACACUGAUGAGGUGCUUAGAGCUUUGUACCUGGUGUGAGCACAGGAUUGUCAGCAGAAGGCCUGGUCCUAUGAGAUCCCUUCAGGCAGUUCUCCCCGCCUCUUAUCUUUAUCACAUUAAAUCUGAAGUGUUCCCAGGGUUUGAAUGGAGAUUAAGUGUGGGGCUCUGUAGGUGGAGGCUAGUGGGAGGUGGUACUCCCUGAUACGCUGAGCUGUGGCCAGCAUCAGGUGUAGGUGGAGGGUAGUGGGAGGUGGUACUCCCUGAUACACUGAGCUGUGGCCAGCAUCAGGUGGUGCCUUGUUUUGUGUGCCAGGGAGAUGUUCCUAGGUGAGCAGACAGUGAGGAUUUGGACACUAAAGUCCCUGACAGGCUUCUGGAAAGGUUAGUGAGGCUUUUCCUCCAUUUAAACAAACCUCAGCUAGAGUGUGGAAUGACACUGAUAGCUGCUAGGGGAAGUAAGUCCCUGGCAGUGUGUAGAUCUACCAUGUGAGUAGCAUGAGAUAUACCCUAGCAGUAUGGGAAGUACAGAGGGAAAUGCUGUUGAUGAAGGUCAUUGUGUAGUCAACUACCACAGAGCCUAGGGUUCGUUUAGAUACAGCAAAAAUCUGGCAUUGGUUCUUUGGUGACAGUUUUCAGGCCUGUGGGUGUUAGCUGGAUGGAGUCUUUGGACCUGGAACAAGUUGUUCUUCAGUGACAGAUUUCUGAGAGGGAGUGCCACAGGUUCAGAAAAUACAGAAGAUAGGAACACUGGGCUCGAGAAGUCUUCCAAAGGUAUGUCUUUAUGCCAAGCAAGUUUCUUCAGAGUACAACAUCUUAUAUCCAGUGUGUUGUGGGAAAUAGGACAUAAGCAGAAAGCUUCAAUGGGAUGAAGUCAGUGGGAAGCUGAUCAAGCUGUGUUGCACAAGGGAACCAUGGGCCAGCUCAAGGGCAUCAUAGACUGAGCACACAGUGACCUUGGAACUGAUAAAACUCAGUCUCUUCAGAGAGAAAAGAUGAGUUCUCAGGAGCCAAAAUUUUAAUCCUCAAGGCCCUAGCCCUAGCACAGACUUGCCGGUGUGCCUUGGAUUGGGACACAGAGCUGGGCUCUGUCCUCUCAUGACCAUCUUGAGAAUGCCUUGGAUGGCCUGGCUCCCAACAGCCUUCCAGAUAACUUUAAGGAUGUGAUAGGUCCAGGAUGAACCAAAGAAUCCAUCUCUCCUGGCACUGCAUCCUGUGAGUACACGUGGAGAGUGCACUGUACCUCUAGCUGCUUACAGUCAAGCCUCUAAACAGGCAAAGUUUAAUUUAGGAACAUGUAUAAACCUUUAAAACUGCUGAUGACAAUAACUGUAGAAAAGCCAUGCCUUAAGCUAUGCAGGGAGGCCUCUUGGACAGGAGCCAGUGGGAUGAGCUCGCCACUGAGGAGCAGUGUGGCUUUAGCUCAGAGCCUGCUCUCAGGCUGUGGGGAGCAGCGUGGCAGUUCUGUUGCUGGAGGCACUUAGAAUGUCACAGCGGCAAGUCUCUGUAUUUGUGCCGUGAUUGAGAAUCUAGUCAGCAAAGCUGUAAUUAUCCUCGAUCAUAUGUGCGGGCUGCGUAUUUCACCUGUCCCCAUCCAUUACAUAGAGUGGCUCAUUUGGUAUGUUUUACAUGUAAAGAUUCAAAAAGAAUCAACAGAUGAUGACUUCAUAAAGGAAAAAAAUCUUUUACUAGAAAAAUUAAGUGAAAAUGGUCUCCUGGCAUAAAGUGAUAUUUCUGAGCAGGUAUCCUUUUUUGUAUCUGUCAGAUAUUUGAUUCCCACUAGUAUUUUGAGGGUUUUAAGAGCUGACAUUAAAAUAUUACAAAAAAUUAUAUAAUAAAGAUUUGUUUUUGUUGAAUUUUGAA